AUGUCUGUCGCAAUCACAGUUCUCUUCCGCAACGAAGCGGACGCCAAGUACGACAUCGACUACUACGCCAACAACCACAUGCCUUUGAUUCAGACUCAAUGGCAGAAAUACGGCGUUCAGGGGUGGUCAGUCACCAAAUUCGGCAACGGCGUUGACGGCUCGGCCCCGCAAUUCGCGUUCGGAUCUACCGUGGUCUGGGAGAACCAUGAUCAGAUCAACAAGGCAUUUACAGGGCCCGAGGUGGAAGAGAUAAUGAAAGAUCUUCCUAAGUUUUCCAAUACCCAGCCUGUGUUUCUUGUCGGGGAAGUUAUCAGAAAGGAAGGACUUCAGGGUUGA